CGAGAAGUGUCCCCCUGACACUCACAACGAAGAGCAAGGGAGAACUGUAGGAUCGAGGUUGAAGUUGCCAGAUUUCAACGGACUGUCCACCCGAAACAGCUUUUCAUCCCCAAGGGUUACUCUCCGCCAGGUUCCCCAAAGAAGUAAGCUAGCCCCCUUCGCGAUUGUCUACAAGAGGCUCCACUUCUUAAUCGAAGGGCAUUAAAAAUCAGCCGCAACAGCCAACGUCUUGCUCGGCCAAGAGGCAGCUCCGGUGCAGCCACUGCUCCAAGCACUUAUCCCUCAGCCAACAGCUGAAGAUGCACGAGAGGGUGCACGCCGGAGGGGAACCGUUUCUAUGCGUCUACUGCGGGAAGUGCUUCAAAAAGUUCGGACACAUGAAGAGGCACCUCCUCUUCAACACUCUCCUAGGUACAGAUCUAGGAUCAGAUUCCUCACCCCCAAUCCUAAACUUAACUAUUAGUGGAAAAAAAUCAUAAACGGACCCAAGAUCAGCUUCUAGAGGCAACUUCACACCACUCCACCUGACAUAAUGAUAGUUAGGGCCAGGAGUUUUCCCUCACAAUGUGACCAGACCAGGAAAAAACUCCUGGCCAAAGUUGUAAGGGGAAUGACUCCACACUUCUGGGGUUUUCAUAUGAAAACUGGGUCCAUGUGUUUUUGACAGUUUGAUUGGUUUCCACAUUUAACGCUACCCUCUGUGUGUAGUGGUUUAGUUCAACUUGCUUGAUGCCUGGUCCAGAGUGGAUUGAUAAUGUGUGAGUUAUUACAGGUGAUUUUCUUUUUUACAUCCUUAUGAAUUUGUAUUGAUGCAGUGGUGGACCAAAGUACAGUAAUUAAGAAUUCAAAUUUCCCUUUGCCUCUCAACAAUAUAUUUACAGUUAGACUGAUAAGCUGUAAAGAUGUAAAUGAAAUUCAUAUCAAUGUAUUGUAGGCUAGUCUGUCAUACUGUUGAAAUUGACAUUUUUUUGUCAAUUAACUGUUUUUGUCGUUUAUUUCUAUUAGAAAUACCACAAAUAGUGAAAUGCUUUAUUAUCAUUUUUAUUUUUUUAACAUGAAAUAUUGUUUACACCAAAUGCUUAUUAUAGCUCCAACAUCGCUGUGGUCGAGUACUCCUCCGGUACAGUAGGUGGCGCAUAUGAUUACAUCAAAGUGAUGAUGAGGAACAGGAAAAAUAACCUCACCAGCAGCUAGCUACAAACAAAGCUAGCUAGCUAUCGAUGUUUAGUUUCUGAUAUGAUUGUAUUUGUUUUAAUAGCUUGCUAGAUAACUGUAUAGCAUCAUAAUAUAGAAAACAUAAAGACUGUUUUCAUAUUGAAAAGGGUCCAAAAGCGUCGGGGGACAAUGUCGGGUUCCGUGGUAGACUUCCAGGCGCAGAUAGCCUCAAUCAUGGAGGUGCUAGCCAACGCGGCUGUAAUCGAAAUCUGCAAAGUUGUUGACGAUGGCUAUGCGGUUGUACACAUGGAGAUGUCCCAAAGUCACAAGGAGAACGAAUUUCUCCGGAGGAAAAUGAAGUUGAUGGAACUUCAGAUCGCCAGGUUUCGGGCUGAGAGAACAAAGUUUUCAGAGGGGUCCGUCCACAAUCGCUUCCAUGGAAUACGCCUGCUGAACAGACAUAGCAAUCGAGAGACUGCAACGACAGGAAAUACUUGGCAAAGCAGAGCCAGGCUUUCCAACAGGAGUUGUGGGAACAGUAGCAUUCAAAGAGACAGACAGCCCAUAGACGUGGACCAAGAGGAUGUCUCUCCAUCAAAGCAUAUGGAUGCUACAAGUGAUGAGCAGUCAGGAGAGACAGAGGAAGGGGAACCAGACCUGCUGAUCAUCAAGGAUGACGGGGAAGCAGAUGACCAGGACUCUAGGACCAGCCACCCAGCCAGAACAGUGGAGGGCAGCAGAGAGCCAACCACCCAACCGGAUGCAGCCACCACCGUGGACACCGCCCUCCAGCCCAGUGGCCCCAGAGGCAACAACAACAUCAACACCGCUAUGGAGCAGUCAGGAGAGACAGAGGACGGGGAACCAGACCUACUGAUCAUCAAGGUGGAGGGAGAAGCAGAUGACCAGGACUCUAGGUCCAGCCACCCAGCCAGAACAGUGGAGGGCAGCAGAGAGCUAACCACCCAACCAGCUGCAGCCACCACAGAGGACCCCGCCCUCCAGCCCAGUGGCCCCAGAGGCAACAACUAUAACAACACUGCUAUGGAGGUCAGUGGAUCUUACGCCGUUGUCCUCCAAUCAGAAACAGGGACUGUGAACCAGGGAACCCAGCAGCACACAGGAAUUGAACUCCGAGCAGAGAGACAGAGUCUGGACACAAAGUGUGACAUGAACAGGGAUCUCACUCUCCUAAGAGAUUCUUUAAACCAGGUGUGGAGAGAGGUAGUAGUGACUGAUGAUGGUGCCUCUGCUGCUCAUACUAAAGUAAUGGACCUAGGGAGUGGCCCAGUGGGCCCAGAAAUGCAGACUAGCUCUGCCAUAGAAAUUAGAAGUGUAAGGUUAGAAAACCACAGGUUCCAUUCCUCAUCAGAACAUGUGAUAGUGAUUGACUCUGUAUCCAGUGGGCAGCAGGUAGAUAGAGAUUUUGAGUGGGGUCAGGUGGGUACAGCUACUACACCACAGGUCAAUGGGACUGGAAAUAAGCAGGGAGUGGGAGUGUUUAACAGAAACGCACCAAUGAUUCACCUCGAUUCGAUGAGAGACAACACAACGCUAUUGGUAGCACCCGCUUUCCAUCCCACAGAGAAAAAUACAGGCACCCGUCCUGACACAGGAAAUGCAGGUGAGGCUAACAAAGCUAGUUGGUGCUCGUUGGCAAGCCUCCAUAGACACUCUGAAAUACCAGGAAGAGGAGCUCAACAACCAGCUCAUCCCUCACUUCCUGACGGCUAUUUUAGACCAAGCGCCACAACUUCCUCUCACUCUAGUAAUUUCGCCACACACAUUAGACCUGGCACCGUAGAACGACCGUACGGUUGCCCAAGCUGCCAUAAGAAGUUUGUCCACGAGAGUGACUUGCGGCGGCAUGUGGUCAUCCACACCAGAAAGCAGGCGUUCGCCUGCACCUUGUGUGAGAAGAGCUUUGUGUCCCCCAGCAAGCUCCAAGUGCACCAGAAUGUACACACCGGGGAGAAGCCCUUCAGUUGUGCACAGUGCGGGCGCAGGUUCUCCCACUCCAGCAAUCUGAGAAGACAUCAGAAGCUUCAUCAUUGAGAACUGACACAGAAUCAAGAGAUUCCUAUGGAAAAAAGCUAUGGAUUAGCAUUAUGUCAGUUAGGUUAUAGCAAUACACUAUGAAAGUCCUGCCUACUUCCUGGAUCAUGUCCCUCGCUGUUUUUGAAUGGGAUUCAAGAGUAAAUAAUCAAAUUUAUGAAAACGCUGACAUUUAAUAUAUACAGUUAGGUCCAAAAGUAUUUGGACAGUGACACAUUUGUUUUGGCUCUGUACUCCGACACUUUGGUGAUAUUUAUGAUUUUUAUGCCUCUAACUUUCUCACUCAUCAUUAUUCAUGAUUCAUAAAUGAUUAUCUGUAAUCAUGGUAGCAUCCACAUUAAUGUAGAAUUGUUAAGAAACACAUUCCAUUCUUAUUUACAAUAAAAGUGGCUCCAAAAU